GCUGGUCACGCCUGGAACACGUCGGAACGGACUCCUUUCUCGAUCGCGCGGUGAUCAAGCUUGACAAGUGGCGCGAAAAGGGCCGGUAGCAUGCGGUGCUCGGCCCUCUGCGUUCUGCUGCUAACGAUCAGCGAGCCUCUUCUCGUUCAUGCGAAGGUAGUGUUGGUCGUACCCCGACAUGUAAGACGCAGCCCAGGGAUGCCAUGGAGGCCCCCUUCGGCGCAUUAUAAAAAAUCGUCUUUUGGCGGUAACGAUUUUCAUCGUCAAGCGUACUACAGUUAUGGCAAUCGUCACUAUAAUAGAAAGCCAUAUCGACCGUUGCCGCACGGGGGUGACGAUUUCGACCAAGGCCACGAGGCCGUGAAUCACGUGCAGAUACCGUACGGCAAAGACGUUAGCCGCGGCGUCUCGUUUGGUAAAGGCUACAUUCCGUACGAGAAUAUCAAGAGCAGCAGCCUGCCAUUCGUGCACGAGAGAUACGCCGGUGCUUACCCGCGUCAACCCGCCGUUCCGGAUUACCCACCGUCCAGUUUCACAUCGGUAGGUCAGGAAUACGCGGCGUCGGCGAGCGCGAACUACGACAGCCCGCACGUUGACUCGUUCUUCUCCGACAUGGAAAGCGCCACUAGAAGCGAAUUGCACGACGCUUUGAAAGACACCACGAACAAAUAUUACGCCUCUCGUUCGAUCGAGAAGGCCCUCAGCAAUGUCGCGGAUCCCCUGGCGAAGGGUAACGAACUAGCCAGAGACACCUCACCGGCCGCGUAUGGUCACGCCGCGACUAAUGUCGCCGUCGGUAUGCAAGGUGCCGUGGUAUUGCCGGCUGGUAUACCGCCAGCUACUAUCGCAGGUAACAAGGACGGUAUCGUACUGAGAGAUUCCGUGUCUCUGGACGAGUAUCACAAGAAACUGGAGGAACUCACCAAGAGCUGGCCGAGCGUGUUAUCCAGCAAUUAUCCCGGGACUCAUCAGCCGUUGAACGCUGUCGAUCAUUUCCCAUCGCCGGCCGGUUUGCCAGUUGGCUGGCUGUCCGGCUUCGCUCAACCCAAGCAGGGCUAUGCGGUGCGGGAAGACCACGCGGAACCACCCGUGAGCCAUGACUUUCGAACAAUGCCCGUUCACACCGCGCCGUAUCAUUCGCCGAACGUGGGUGUACCGGUCGUACCGCAUCACGGAUAGCUAUGCGUACACCGCUCUGGAUGAUAGAGAAGCGACGUCUUGUUUCUCCGCGUAUGACAGUAGUGGUCUGUUCUUUUCACCUGCACCGCUAAGCUAAUUGUUUCAGCAGAAAAGAACAGACCAUAGGAGACGUCAAAGCAGAUUAGGUUCCUUACACUCGGAAGCUGACUUGUGGAUUAGAAAAUAGAAAGCGACCAUAUAUUGGAAUUGGCAGAAAAAAUUCAUUGAUAGGCUGUAACGAUCCACAGGUGGAAACAAUAUGGCGACGUGAUCUAGCUGGCCAAUCAGACGGUUUCCUUCAAUCUCGCUUCUCUAUUAUCUGGGACUUCAGAUACGUGCCCGAAAUCCUUCGAAUGGAAUUCGACGUAAUUAAUUGGCAUAGCUGAAAUAAAGCACAAUAAAUCUGUGCACCACAUAUUCGAUAAUAUACAUAUGAAUGCUGUCCAUAGAGAAAUGAAAACGUCCAGCGCACCUGAGGCGUCGAAAUGCAGAGUACGGCAAAAUUACGAGUCGAAUUUCACGGCAGGAUUUCAAUCGACGGUACACACAGCCGCGUACUUAUAAUACAUUGUGUGUGAUCUUACUUGGGUGCUUUUAAUUUAAAUCUCGUCUACGAUCUCUUCGUUUUCUUCAUUCCGACGUGCUCGUUAUCUUGCGGUAACCCUCUCUCGAGAAAAUCUUAUCUAUCAAUUGACGACAAUGACGAAGUCGAGUUUUUACGACGAAUCAUUUGACAGGAGAAAGUUACAAGUAAGGAUAAUUUUCUAAUAUCUCAACAAAUUUUAUACUUUUUCUUUGGUUUUUUAAAUAGAACUAAAGUGCGACUCCGCGUCUGUAAAAUACCGUAUUUCCGAGCGAGUCUAGAUAUUCGCAAUAUUACUUAAAAAAAAUUGACACGGUGAUGCCUGUACGAACACCAAUAAUUUUCGAGAUGUCUUCUAAUUAAUUUGAGAUACGCGACGUUUUGCAAUUUUACUUUCUCAAACUACGAUUCUUCGUGGAACAAUUAACCGUUCUACGAUUAUCAAACAUGACAAAAGAUCGGAGCGGUUAUUUUAUAAACGACGGAAGCAUUAAUUGCGACCAAUAAUUUUCAGUACUAAAUAGUAACGAUAUUAAGACGCCACAACUCGUUAUAUUCGAUGUCAUUUAGUUAGUUUCGAACGAACAUCUUGUAUACGUGAAGUUCAUAAAAUACCUUGUCGUUGCAGUUUCGAGUACUUAAAAUUCACGUAUAUAAUGAUAACACGGUAAUGUUACCCUCAAAAAAGGAUUGCCUAGAUAUAUAAAUAAUAUUAGGAAUAUCUUUGAGGCUCACAAGACAGGCUCAUUAUUAUUCUCAUACAAAUAAAAUACCACGUAUCAGCUUGAAAGUUGCAUCUUUCUAAAUGUAUCAAAAAUUACGAGGAGCUAUUAAAUUCAUCAACAAAACGUUCCAAUGCAACAUUUUAACAUUCCGAAAUAUAAAUAUUAGCGUUACUCCAAUUAAUUUUAUAAUUUAAAUAGUUUUUCUUCUUAAGUUAUUUGUGCGUGCAUUUGCUUGGUUUUGUUAGUGCAUGAAAGACGAGGAAUGUUCAUUCCGAUGUUCCGUUAUAAUAUAUAUCGCGCGUAUUAUUAUUUAAUGAUUACAA